CGUGUCUGGAUUUUAACCACCGCGCCCAAACGGUCACACUUUUACUGCAAUUUAUUUUAUUUUCACGUGUGGCAAGAAACGCGAGCCCCCUAAAUACACCAAACCAAACAAACCGAUCAGCUUAGGCGGUGCCAAACGUAUCGAAGGCAUAACAAUUAAAAUAAAUCAAGCCAAUAAUCUAAUCCUAUCGGCCAGGAUAUCGCCAUUAGCGUUCCUCCGGCCGGAAGAAGAAGAAGCACGUGUGCGGCGCGGAAAGGGUGAAAUUUUUUUUUGCAAGAAAAUCACCAAAAUUGGAGCCAUCAAACAUAAUUUGUAAUCUUUAGAAGUUUAAAGGCAAAUAGAAGACGAUGGUGCCAAUUGGAGCCGUGCAUGGCGGCCAUCCCGGCGUGGUGCAUCCACCGCCGCAGCCAAUGCCCACGGCGCCCACCGGUCCCAAUACAUUGCAGCCAAGCUCGGUAGCUGCUGGUGUCAACACAAAUGCCAACACCAGUGCGUCGUCCAACAAGGGAUCUCUGUCGGUGAAGCCCAACUAUAUGCUCAAGUUCACCCUUGCCGGGCACACAAAGGCGGUGUCGGCAGUCAAGUUCAGUCCCAACGGCGAGUGGCUUGCCAGUUCAUCUGCUGAUAAACUGAUCAAAAUCUGGGGCGCUUACGAUGGCAAAUUUGAGAAGACCAUUUCGGGUCACAAACUGGGCAUCAGCGAUGUAGCCUGGAGCUCGGAUUCCCGCCUACUGGUUAGCGGUAGUGAUGAUAAAACCCUGAAAGUCUGGGAGCUGAGCACUGGCAAAAGUCUGAAGACUUUAAAGGGUCACAGCAAUUACGUCUUCUGCUGCAAUUUCAAUCCGCAAUCGAACCUUAUCGUUUCGGGCAGCUUUGAUGAGAGCGUCCGAAUCUGGGAUGUACGGACGGGCAAAUGCCUGAAGACCCUCCCCGCCCACUCUGAUCCAGUGUCCGCGGUGCACUUCAAUCGAGAUGGCUCACUGAUUGUGAGCAGCAGCUACGAUGGUUUGUGCCGUAUCUGGGAUACCGCCAGUGGGCAGUGCCUGAAGACCCUCAUCGACGACGACAAUCCGCCAGUUAGUUUCGUCAAAUUCUCGCCCAACGGCAAGUACAUCCUGGCGGCCACGCUGGACAACACCCUGAAGCUGUGGGACUACUCCAAGGGCAAGUGCCUGAAGACGUAUACUGGACACAAGAACGAAAAGUACUGCAUCUUUGCCAACUUUUCGGUUACGGGUGGAAAGUGGAUUGUGAGCGGUAGUGAGGACUGUAUGGUAUACAUUUGGAAUCUGCAAAGCAAGGAGGUUGUGCAGAAGCUACAGGGACACACAGACACCGUUCUGUGCACCGCCUGCCAUCCCACGGAGAACAUCAUCGCCUCGGCGGCGCUUGAGAACGACAAGACCAUCAAGUUGUGGAAGUCGGAUACAUAGAUGGCUGGUAUCCAGCUGGUAUACAGAUGAGCAGGAACAAGAGAGUAAUAAGCAGCCGUAGCAGCUAAAAGUAAACACACAUACAUUUCUUGAAUAAUCUAAUUUUAACAAACAAAAACUUUCUAAUUUUAAUACCUUAAUUUUUUUUUUUUAUAUUUCAUAUUUAAUCGUCACACCCUUUAAGUCAGAGUCUUAUCUUUUAAUCGCAAUUUAAAACUCACAUUCUAAGACAAACGAUGGGCAUGCCUUGCCUUAUGACCAUUAUGAUACAUACACACUAUAAAAAGGUAAAAAACUACAAAAAACAACAAAAAAAAACUUG